CUGACUAUGCCCCGGAGUCCCACGUCCAGUGAGGACGAGAUGGCCCAGAGUUGUUCUGACUACUCCGUGGACUCCGCCUCUGACAGCUCCCGUGAGGAGACCAUCUACGAGACCAUAAGAGCCACCGCUGAGCCGACCCCAAGACGCAUGGACGACAUACACAUUCACUCCCUGGUUGUCCGCGUCCUCAUCCCCGACCUGCAGCAGACAAAAUGUAUGCGGUUCAACCCUAACGCGACUGUGUGGGUUGCCAAGCAGAGGAUCCUGUGCACGUUGAGCCAGAGUCUGAAGGAUGUGCUGAACUAUGGCCUCUUCCAGCCCGCCAUGAACGGACGUGAUGGGAAGUUCCUGGAUGAGGAACGCCUCCUCCUGGAAUACCCACAGCCAAUCAGCAAAGGAGUUCCAGCUCUGGAGUUCCGCUACAAGAGCCGAGUCUACAGGCAGACCCAUGUGGAAGAGAAGCAGAUUGCCAAACUUCACACCAAGGCCAACUUGAGAAAAUUUAUGGACCUCAUCCAGCACCAUCAGGUGGAGAAAGUAUCUAGGCUGCUGGAGAGAGGACUGGACCCCAACUACCAGGAUACAGAGACCGGUGAGACCCCCCUGACAUUUGCGGCCCACCUGGAUAACGUGGUGGAGAUUAUAAAGGUUCUGAAGAAUGGAGGGGCUCACCUGGACUUCAGGGCCAAAGAUGGCAUGACGGCCCUACACAAAGCUGCUAGGUCCAAGAACCAGGUUACUCUGAUGACCCUGUUGGAGCUUGGUUUGUCUCCAGACUAUAAGGACAGUCGGGGUCUGACGGCGCUCUAUCACACAGCCAUGGUGGGAGGAGAUCCGUUCUGCUGUGAGUUGCUGCUACAUGAACACGCCGCCGUCUGCUGCCAGGACGAAAACGGCUGGCAUGAAGUCCACCAGGCUUGUCGGAAUGGCUAUGUCCAGCACCUGGAGCAUCUGCUGUUCUACGGGGCGGACAUGAGCGCACAGAAUGCCUCAGGGAACACAGCGCUGCACAUCUGUGCUCUCUACAACCAGGAUAACUGUGCCAGGGUGCUGCUGGUCCGUGGAGCCAACAAAGAGGUGAAGAACUACAACAGCCAGAGUCCCUUCCAGGUGGCCAUCAUUGCGGGGAACUUUGAACUGGCCGAACUGGUCAAGAACCACAAAGAGACAGAUAUAGUGCCUUUCCACGAGGCCCCGGAAUACUCCAAGCGGCGUCGGGUCCCUCCCUCUACCAGCAGCAGCGGUAGCUGCCUGGUGGCCCCCCGGGUCCUGCUGCGCUCCAACAGUGACAACAACCUCACAGUGAACCAGGGGCCUCCCCAGGACUGGUCCCAGCCCCAGGGACCCCCCCAGCACCACGGAUCCCAACAGGGAGGGGUCGGACCCCCCACCUCCACCUCUCACCGUAGCCUCUCUCCACAGCUGCUCCAGCAGAUGCAGGGGAACCCAAAUGGCACUGUGAGGACCAUGGGCCAGAGGUCCCGCAGUACCAGCGUGGGGGUGGUCCCGCGGAGUCCGUCCCCGUCCCUCAACCGGCUGGGAGAGGAGGCCUGCAGGCCACACCCGCAGACACAUGUACAGACACAGCAGACUCAGCACAGACAGACCAGCCCCAGUGGUCAUGUGGAGGUGGUGGUGCAGCGGAGGAAGCUGUACAGUGCCGUACCAGGUAGGCACUUUGUGGUGGUCCAUUCCUACCAUCCACGGGCCGAGGGAGAGAUCACCCUCUACAAGAACGACAGGGUGAAAGUUCUGAGUAUCGGAGAGGGGGGGUUCUGGGAAGGCAGUGCCCGGGGCCAGGUGGGCUGGUUUCCUGCAGAGUGCGUGGAGGAGAUUCCUGCCAAGCCCAGCGAGGAGAGGACGCACACAAGAGCUGACCGCUCGGACAGGAGGAAACUCUUCCGACACUACACUGUGGGGUCCUACGAUAGCUUUGAUGCCUCCAGCGACUGCGUGGUCGACGAGAAGACGGUGGUCUUGACCAAGAAGGAGAAUGAAGGCUUCGGCUUCGUGCUGCGAGGGGCCAAAGCGGACACGCCCAUCGAGGAGUUUACUCCCACCCCUGCCUUCCCAGCCCUCCAAUACCUGGAGUCGGUGGACGAGGGAGGAGUGGCCUGGCAGGCGGGGCUAAGGACCGGGGACUUCCUCAUCGAGGUGAACCAAGAGAAUGUGGUGAAGGUGGGCCACAGGCAGGUGGUCAACAUGAUCCGUCAUGCAGGGAACAGCCUCAUCAUCAAAGUGGUAACGGUCAGCAGGAAUAUGGACCCUGAGGAUACCGCACGCAAAAAGGUACUACACCCCUACACCACUUCAUCCCCCCCACCGCCAAAGAGAGCCCCCACCACCGCCCUGUCUAUGCGCUCCAAGUCUAUGACCUCUGAACUGGAAGAACUAGAUAAAGUGGACGAGGUGUCACCUUCCCAGAAGGCCGUGGACAUGAAGGUGGCCACCAUUAAGCCACGCCCCUCCAGCCGCUGUUUGGUCACGCCUACUGACAUGAAUUCCGUGUAUGACCGCCAGGGUGGAGUGGCAGUGGUACCACCCACUGUGCCAGGCAGUCCUAGAGGGGGGGCAUUCCUGGGCAUACUUGCCAAGGGUGGCACCAUGAGGAGACAGAAGUCCAUAGGUAUAACAGAAGAGAAAGAAGAGAAGGCGCUCCUCUCCCCUCCCCCACUCAAGUUCACCCGCAGCCUCUCCAUGCCCGACACGUCCGAAGACAUCCCCCCUCCCCCGGCCAUCUCCCCCCCAUCUCCCCCCUCCUCCUACAACUCUCCCUCUGUCUCCCCCAUGCCAAGGGGCUACGGCACCACCCGACCGGGCCUCACCCUCAACUCCGCUGGAAAAUGUUCCAAUGCCAUUACCCUUGGCAACCGCACGGUAGAUGUAGGGACGCUAAGGCGAGGUUAUCACCGCCAGAGCUCAGAACAGUACGAUAGUAGAAGCCGAGGACGGGCGCACGUGCCCGAGAACCCGUACUCGGAGGUGGGCAACAAGGCGCUGUACGUGCCCGCCAAGCCGGCGAGAAGGAAGGGCAUGCUGGUCAAGCAGCCCAAUGUGGAGGACAGCCCAGAGAAGACCUGCUGCACCCUGCCCUCAGGCGCCGUUUCCAUGCCGACCACACCCACUGAGAGGACCUUCUCAUCCAUUCCCAUCCCCACCAUCAUUGUCAAGGAGCCUUCCACCAGUAGCAGUGGAAAGAGCAGCCAGGGCAGCAGUAUGGAGAUUGAGCCAACCACGCCCGAACACCCACCCUUAACGCCUAGGGCAGGGGGCAGGGGGCUAAGGCCUGAAGACACCAUUGUCAACAACCCCUUUGCGGCUGCCAUCGCAGGGGCAGUAAGGGACCGGGAGAAGAGGCUGGAGGCACGGAGGAACUCACCUGGCUUCCUCUCCACCGAUAUGGGAGAUGAGGACUUGGGAGACCCGGCCCCGCGGCUACGCCAGUCCAAGUCCAUUGAUGAGGGGAUGUUCAGCAACGACGAGCACCUGCGGAGGAUAAUGGCACCCCCGCCGGCCACCACCCUGCUGCGGUCCCAAGAAGGGGGUGACCGUGGCGGUAACGUGACAGACUUCAACACCCCUGAGCCCACCCAGGUGGUGAGGGAGCCUCUGACCGCACGUACCGGCCAGUACCCCAACCUGGACAGCCCCGUCAGUCUCCCGGACAGCCCCGUCAGUCUCCCGGCCACCACGCCCAAGACCUACAGCUCAAACGGAGGAUGGGGCUACCUGCACCCCGUCACGGGUAAUGCCCUGGAACCUAACUCGCCCCUCGCUCUAGCGCUGGCAGCCCGGGACAGAGCCAUGAAAGAGCAGACACAAACGACCAUGGCAACGCAAGCCCCACCCCCUUCUCAAACUCAACCGCAUCCCAAGAGCGACACCCCCCAGUCCCUCCCCCCCAACCCCCACAAACCUGGCCUCAAUCAGCCCCUCUUCAUCGAUACCAAGCUCCGCUCCAGCAUUGAGCCGGGCUUCGCCAACUCCACGACAACCCUGGGGCGAGGCAUAGGGGGGGACCUGAAGAGUCAUAUGACGGAGCAGAAGUACGAGUCUGAUGGAGAGAUGGAGGAGAGGCAGCAGGCGGCAGAGGAUGGGAAGGGCAUACAGAUCGACGUUGUGGACACGUCACAAACGCAGAAAGUGGCCGGUCUGCUAAUGGUGCACUCCAAAAACAGCCAGGAGGAGGAAGACAGGGGGCAGGAGAACACACCAGCCCGGGACAACAGCAUCCCCAGCGAACUGAGAGACCCCAACCAGCCAAUGCCCCCCUCCAACAGCCACAGUACCAAGCCCCUGCCCCCCGUGCCACGGGGGAAGACCAUCACGGCCGGGGGUUCGGUCGACGAGCCAGUCAAGCUGUCCUUGCGCAUGCCCCCUCCCCUGCUGGCCUCGGUGGACAUUGAGGAGGUGGAGGAGUUUGUCUUCUCCGAGCCCCUGCCGCCACCGCUGGAGUUCGCCAACAGCAUCGACAUCCCUGAGGACCAGGCAACGACCAUCGCUGAGUUGCUCAAACAACGGGACCAAGAGAGACGCAACGGGAUGGGAACCAGGGGGCCACAUCCACCCUCCUACUACACUCACGCCCACCCUGUCGGCCAGUUCAGACGAGGGAGCGGGGUGUCCAAUUGCACGCCCCCACCCUUCUAUCCCUCUCUGCCCCCCAACGGUGGCUUUGAGAAAGGUGUCACUGACUCAAGCAUCGAGGAGGUAGACAGUCGCAGAAGUGGAGACCCCCAUGUAGAGACUACCAGCACCAUUUCCACAGUUUCGAGCAUCUCUGUACUGUCGUCAGAGGGCGGGUACAACAGCGCCCUGGAGAACACUUCUAUGGUUUAUACUGACGGCCAGGCUUACCUCGACGACCGACCCCCCGUUCCCCCCAAGCCCAAAAACAAGCCCGUCAUCAACAAGAACACUGCACUUUACCACAACGUCCUCAUGGAGGAAUCCCUGGACUCCUUUGAGGCGCCCCCUCCUGUCCCCGUCCCUCCACCCGGGUCCAUAUCCCCCCCAGAACUCCCCAGGACUCCUCCCCAUCGGUCGUCCAAGCUGUGGGGCGAGCCCCCGGAGCUAAGGAGCCCACCCACGCCCGACCCCAAGGCCACGGUUAUCAACGAGCUGAGCUCCAUCUUAUCACAGAUGCACCGGCCCAAACCGGGGGACUCCCUGGACUCACCCACCACAGGGGCCAGGGGCGGCUUUGGAACAAGCUCUCCAGCCACAGGAAGCCAGCGGAACUCCAGCGUGUCUUUCAGCCUGCCCCCCUCCUCCUGCACCCCUCCUUCCAGCCUGCCCCCCCACCUCUAGCCCCCAGACACCUCGUCCCUCUCCUCCCCCUGCCCCUCUUCUUUAACCCACUCUUCCUCACCCAGCCUUAGCGACCUUUUCGGCCUGCCCACCCUGCCCAUGGAGAAUGUGAGAGGCUUCGGCAGCAUGGGCGGUAGCCUUGGUGAAGGGUCCUCGUGCGGUGGCUCGCGCUCCCCCUCGCCGCUCACCCUAAUGCAGGCCAUAGCCACCUCGGGCAAGCCCUUUGCCUCCAAGCCCGUGGAGCUGUGGAGCAAGCUGGACGUGGCCGACUGGCUGGACAGCCUGAAUCUGUCGGAGCAUAAAGACGCCUUCCUGGACAACGAGAUCGAAGGCGCCCACCUGCCUUCGCUGCAGAAAGAAGAUCUGAUUGACCUGGGGGUGACGCGGGUGGGCCACCGCAUGAACAUCGAGAGGGCCCUCAAAAUGCUGCAGGACAGAUAAAGCCAGGGGGUGUGGAUUUAUCUGGAACACUCUCUCCUACCUGUUUUCCUUCUCAGUCUUGGAAAGUCUUGGACGAUUUAGGAAUCGGCCUCUGACUACUCCCUUCCUGCCUCGCCUCUGUGGCGUGUUUGUGUUUGAUCACUCCCAUUCUGCUUCCCGAGUAUCAGGGGAUGUCGGAAUCCUGGAGGAACUGCUGGGCAUAGCCUGGAGAAAGGUGGCGUUCCAGAAUGGAGAAAGAGUGGAAAAAAUCCUGCAUCUUUUUAGGGAUGCUCACAAUACAAAAGACCACACUUUGGAAUACUCUUGAAACGUAGCCCUCAAACACUUUGAAAUACUGAUAAAAAUCAGUAUUAGAAUACUCAAUCCUUUUUCAAGCUCCCCCAGCGCGGGUGUUUGAAACCAGCUGAGCUGGUUGGCACUCCUUUUCUAUCUUUGCUAGAGUUUCUUCAGAGAAUAUUUCUUCACUAGAGUAAAACCGUGGGUUAUGUUUAUGGAUGCAUCUGACGUUGUAGAGACAUUUGAAAAACAGACAUUUGAAAAACAUUAGAAACGAGAACCUUUGCAGAAAUGUUUAGCUGAAUCCUAAACCAUAUCAUUCGCCACACACACACACACACACACACACACACACACACACACACACACACACACACACACACACACACACACACACACACACACACACACACACACACACACACACACACACACAACGGCCUUCUCCUGGGGGGGAGAAACAUAAUGAUGUGUUAGUCACUCUAAUGCAAGGCUGGAGGGGCUCCACUGUAGCAGGCGCCACUGUCCCCUUCACAUCCCUGUUCACUGUGGAAGGUGUGUGUAUUUGCAUUUUGUCAGAGACAUGUUUGUGAUGUACGUGUGUGUGUGCGCACGCUGUGGGAGGUUUGUUAAAUGUAUUUUAGAAAGACAUGAGUGCAAGGCCUAUUCAAGGUGUAUAUUGCAUCUCACAUUCCAGUGUUCGAACUUGUAAACAGGGCUCCAUGGGAUUUAUCUUAAUUCAACUCCGUACAGCCAAUGGCAAUGUCCGUUUUAGGUAUAAUGCUGGGAGCCGCUUGUGGAUUUGACAGCUCUAACACAGUUCCACCUCCGACACCACAAAAACAACAGCUACGCGGGUGUUGGAUGGCAUGAAUCUAGCCCUAAGUGUUGGCAUCAUGUGUGUUGUCAUCGUCUUCCACACACUUGACAGCGACCCCGACACGACUGGGAUGCAACCUCCCUACACCCUACCGCCCAACCGACCAAUCUCCCUUCAGGCCUAUAACAGAAAUAAUCCACCUAUCACAACAACUUGGGGAAACUCCACAAUAUCGCCAUCUCUCCUCUUUGUUCAGCCAUCUUUAAUCAUUUCUAGUUAUUGAGUGAUUCCUUUCGCAAAUCAAACAUUGUUUUUAUAUUAAUACCAGUGUGUACUGUUGUGGUAUAGGUGAGGGUUGUAUUUUCUUUGGUUGACAUAAUGAUUCUCGGCGAGAAUUUGAAGACGCCCACUUUGAAAGGAUGAGAGCAAAACGGACGUUACUUCGUGGUCUCUGUUAACGUAGGACACUGUGGUUGACUGUGUGCUUGUUUUUAGACAGCUCACCUACAGUAUACUGUGUAGUGCAGGGGCCAAGAAUAAUAGGAAUAAUAGGAAUUCACUCAAAACUCAAAAAUGUGGGUUCCUGAGUGGCGCAGCGGUCUAAGGCCCUCCAUCUGAAUCCGGACGUGAUUGGGAGUCCCAUAGGGCGGCGCACAAUUGGCCCAGCCUCGUCCGGUUUAGGCCGGGGUAGACCGUCAUUGUAAAUAAGAAAUAAGGUUACAUUAAAAAUAUAUAUAAUAAUAAUAAAUCUACUACCCAGACAUUCACACAAUCACCGAAGAGGAUUUAAAAAAAUAAUUAUAGGAACGUUUACAAAGUUUGUGUAUAAUCAGUGUUUGCAUCGCCGAUGAAUCACAAAACGUCAUUAUUGACAAGAAGAGGUGUUAAUGCUAUCUGGUGUUUCCAGAGGGAAGAAAAUAAGUGUGACACAGCAGCACUGACCGAGCAGGCUUUAGAUGAUUCAUUUGGGUCCCUGUUCAUUUGAGAAUGAGAGGGAGAGUCCUCAGUAACACUUUACUUAAGCAUACAGGUAUAACCAUUCUGUAAGGCUUGCUUAUAAAACGUUAUAACGUAUUAUUACUACAGGCUUCAAGUAAAGUGUUACUGAGUCAUUUUCUCAACACCAGUGAUAAGCUCUCACACCAAUGAGCAGGUAGAACAAGCUUAUCUUCUAAUCAGAAAUCCCAUCUGACAGCCAAUCAAUUGUCUCCAUCCCUUUUCAUGAAACACCAUUACUUCAAUGUUAAUAUGAGAACUGCUGAUAGGUGAGUACCCAGGAAGUGUUUGGUGGCAUUGGUUUUACGUAAAUUGAAUAUAUUUAUUGCUUUGAAUGUGUAUAAAGGAAUGAUUUAAAGAAAAGAGUACAUCUAUAGAAUAAUGAUAUGUAUAAUAUUUCUAAAAGGUUUAGAGAGAGAAUUUCUAUGAAAGAAUAUGACCAUUGCAUCCACCCUCAGAACUUAUUUCCUUGUCACUUUAUCCCUGUUUUGUGUUUGGAUAGUGCCUCGAAUAGCUCAUUAUUCUCUACAUAGUGCCCCAUUUCUGGCCUUUCUGCCUCUGAACUAGAUUAUAACUACCCCAUAAUGCACUGCAAAGAGAAGUGUGGAAGCCAUGUAUUCUACUGUACCCAGAUUACCUAUAUAUUAUAACAUAUCACUAAAACGUGAACAGUAUGUGUGAUCAUUUGAGACAUUAUCCAUGAUUCUAUCAGUUCACAGGGAUGUUCUAUGAACAUAACCAUGAUUGUUUGGAUUGUCUGCAAUUUAGGGUCUCCUGUUGGACCAAAAAAAAAGCUCCCUUGGUGAGAUUCCUUUCUCUCGCUCCCUGUCCCUGUGUGCAACUGUAUGAUGAUGAAGGGAAGACAAAGGGAUGAUUAAAAAAAAGGGAAUACCAGGCUGACAGAAAGAGAGGACCUGUAGGAGUUUUAACGCUGCUAUAAUCCAUUCAUUAUUUUAAAAGAAACAACAAAAGAGUGACAUAUAAAAAAGCACAGUAUUUUUUAUGAUUAUAUAGAAUUAUAUGGAAUUUUCUAAAAGACAUUUGGAGAAAAAUGUGGUUUGCCAAAAAUAUAUAUAUAUAUUUUUUUUAAAUAUAUAUAUAUAUAUAUUAUAUAUAAAUAUUAAUUAAUAUAAAUUAAUAUUAUCAGAUUUAUGAGGAAACUAAGAAGCAAUAUUUCUACUGAAUGGAUCUCCUUGGUUGUGGUUUUUCCCAGUCUUAAGAUGAACUAUCAUGAUAUAUCAUCACCUGUUGAUGUUAUGAACACUGAUAGCUGGAGUGGACAGAAGACAUUUGUCCAAUCAAAAUGUAUUUUAUAUACUAUCCUCUGGCCAUCACCUGCCUAUCUUGAAUAUUGUAAUUUUUGACAAUUCCAAUCACUUAGUCUGUGUAUAAUGUGUGUAUAAAUGACUGAAACGCUUUAAAUGUAUACAUAAGCUCACAGUCCACUGGAUCGAAAACUGUCCCGAUGACACUUUUAUGCUCAACUUACAUAGACAUGUACAAAAAAAAACAUAUCACUAAGCUAAUUUAUUUGCAGAAUUAUAGAACUGAGUAGUUGUAUUAAGAUGCUAUACAAACCAUCACUGUGUGACUAUAAGGCUAUGCUACAUAAGGACUGGCAUGGCUCACUAUCAUCCCUACCAUCACAACACAGUCCUUCACUUACCCAUCGGCAACUAUUUUGAUACUUUUGUUAUUUUUUUAUUUUAUUUUUUAUUCUACAUAAUUACGAAGACGUUUCCGGCUCUUUUGUGUAUAUUUGUGUUCAUGUUCCAUAUGUUGUAAUUCUGCAUACUUAGAGUCGACUAUCUAAUUAUCAAAAUGAAAAAGAAAGAGAAGUUCCUUGUAACUGCACUCUUCCUUCCCCCCAAAUCCUCAAUACUUCUUGUAUGGCAACCAAACAAAAGUUACUGUAAGAAAUAAACAUAACAUUGCACUAUGGUUGUAUUAAUUUAAUUCCUGAUGUGCCGAUUUUUGUGUUUCAAGCGUCUUGCUUCUUUAGAUCCGUCUCGAAGGACCAUGAAAAAGAGCGCCACCUCCCAAAUCAACAACAAGUUAUCCCAGUCAUAACACCACUGUAAUGGGGGUCACGCUGCCGCUGACAGUAUACUGUAGCCUCUUCACGAGCACUUACUACUACACGUGAACACCCUCUCACUACAAAUGAACACCUUAUCAACAACUGCCUUAGCCAGCUAAGCCACCGAAAAACUAGCAAUUUGAUAGCACGGGAGGUGGCAUUGCAAGUGAAGUUAACCAAUUCAACUCAUUUGCACUUGUUGGCAGUUGAUGUUACUCUUCAGUAACACAGACCCCAAAGCAAAUCAGGGGAAGAAAAAUUGGUUUAUUCAAAGAGGACAAAUUAUAGAUGUUAUUCUGGGAGAUAGAUGUUCAUUCUCCCCUGUCCUCGGUGAUUCUCUCCACAGAACAAAGGGACAGGAUGUAGUUUUAUAACCCAACCCUAACCUGUGGUUGACUAAUUAGAAUUCAUUGCAAUUAAACUUGGCCAAUAUUCAAAUAACAAGUAUCCUAUUUCAUGCUCAAUAAACAAUUUGGACCAAUGAGAACUUGCCUUGUAGCUAUGAGUCCCGGACUAAAAUUCCUCCCAUGUCUCUGUUGUCUCUGUUGUGGGGGUGUUUUGCUGCAGGAGGGACUGGUGCAAUUCACAAAAUAGAUGGCAUCAUGAGGAAGAAAAAAUGUGUAUAAAUUGAAGCAACAUCUCAAGACAUCAGUCAGGAAGUUAAAGCUUGGUCGCAAAUGGGUCUUCCAGAUGGACAAUGAUCCCAAGCGUACUUCCAAAGUUGUGGCAAAAUGGCUUAAGGACAACAAAGUCAAGGUAUUGGAGUGGCCAUCACAAAGCCCUGACCUCAAUCCCAUAGACAAUGUGUGGGCAGAACUGAAAACGCAUGUGCGAGCAAGGAGUUCUAUAAACCUGACUCAGUUACACCAGCUCUGUCAGGAGGAAUGGGCCAAAAUUCACCCAACUUAUUGUGGGAAGCUUGUUGUAGGCUACCCGAAACGUUUGACCCAAGUUAAACAAAUUUAAAGGCAAUGCUACCAAUACUAAUUGAGUGUAUGUAAACUUAUGACCCACUGGGAAUGCGAUGAAAGAAAUAAAAGCUGAAAUAAAUAAUUCUCUACUAUUAUUCUGACAUUUCACAUUCUUAAAAUAAAGUGGUGAUCCUAACUGUCCUAAAACAGGGAAUUUUUACUAAUAUUAAAUGUCAGGAAUUGUGAAAACUUGAGUUUAAAUGUAUUUGGCUAAGGUGUAUGUAAACGUCCGACUUCAACUGUACAUAUUAGUUCAGAAGCUAGCUAUGAACCUCAGCUAUAUCAAUUUAAAAACAGUCAAUGACAUUAAUGAAGCCUAUGGAUUGAGUAGAAUAUAAUAUAACUUUGUGCCAAGGAUGCAAGUCGUAUAUACAUGUAGUUAUUACCAUGCAUGAGAUUCUCACAUUGUAGCCUGUAUAUUUAAUAUAUUCACUGAUCAUGUACUCUACCUUGGCAAAUAAA